UGAGCCGGACCGGCGAGAGCAGCCACAGGGAGCGGCGUCUGUGUAACCGUCUCGUGCUGGUGCUGACGGACCCGGCAUGUGGAAUGCGAACGCAGGUGCUGACGGAAACUCCCGGCAUGUGGAAUGCGAAUGCAGGAGCGCCUGGUGGGAUGCCCCCACCAAAUGCGCCAUAUUGUCCCCCUCCCCCUGGACCAUGCCCUGGCCCUAACCCUGGGCCUGGCAUGAAUCCAUUCCCUCCUGUUGUCUGCCCUCCUCCCCCUCCUGUAUGCCCUGGGCCUGGUGGGCCCCACCCGCAUGGACACCACCCGCAUGGACACCACCCGCAUGGACACCACCCACACGGACACCACCCCCAUGGACACCACCCCCAUGAACCCCCGAUGCCUGGUGGACCUGGAUGCCCUCCCCCUCCUGGGUGUCCUCCCCCAGGCGGCCCUCAUGGGCAGCAUAAAAAGCACAAGCAUAAGAAGCAUGGCCAUGGUCACCAUGGACACAAGCAUGGAAGUGGGUCGAGCAGCAGUUCUGACUCGGAUUAAGAAAGCGCCUCCCACCGGCCUGGCACAUCGGUGGCACAGCAGCAGCAGCAGCCAAAUACAAUUUAAGAACGUCUGUUAGUUCGCUCCAGUUCGCUCUUCCGCUGCCCUUUGCUCCCUCUUCUAAACGAAUGUCGUGUAACCUUGUGGCUAGUGAUUCUCUUCUGUUUGGUUGGUUCAAUUUCUGUCUGGAAGCAUUUUAAGCUCAUAACGUGGCUCGUUUCCCCUCUGUCACUGAACCCCUCUGCUGGGUGGUAUUGGCUGCAACCAGGGCCAUGGUCGAUACCUGGGGGUGCUCUUCACAAUGCACACCAGAAUGGUGCGAGCCCCGAGCCAGACAUCUGGGAAAACUACACACCGCCCUGGUCACCUCUACGAGGCAAUUCUUCCCCACGUGUAAGCCCUGAGUCUGGGCACAACAAACAGAAAUCUUCUAUUCUAUAUGCAUCCGAAGAAGUGGGCUGUAGUCCACGAAAGCUUAUGCUCUAAUAAAUUUGUUAGUCUCUAAGGUG